UGAACGGUGGGCGGGCCUUAACGUGGCUGGCGGCAUAUAAAAGCCGGCACAUUAACGCCAACACGUUAUAAGCGUUGGAAGCGUUGGAAGCUACUGUAAACGUCUGAAAAUUCUUCUGAAAUACGCGGAAGAAGUUCAAGAUGAAGCUACAAGUUCUCGCUUUCUUCUUGCUUGGCCUCUCCAUAACCAUUGCCCAGGCACCUCCGACUAAAACGCGAAGAGGACCUCCGCCCCCGCGCGCCGCGGCUGCUCCACCCCCGCUAGCUGGAGGACCUCCCCCGCCGGUCGGUGGUUCUCCCCCGCUAGCCGGCGGCGUUGUGCCGCCCGCUAAUCUACCGCCUUCACCGGUCCCAGGUCCGGCCCCAUUGGUGAACAACCCCCCGCCCCCAGCAGUCCCAAACACCCCCGUGGUGCGCGGACCACCACCACCGCGAUACAAUGUCGCCCCUGUUGCACCUUUGAACCCCGAACCUCCCGCCCCGGUUGCAAGAACCAGGAGUCUUGGAUUCCUCGGCGGUCCCGAUCCGUACGUUCCACCCAUACUGCCACCGACCACGAUGCCACCAUAUCCGGUCCCCACAUACGUACGGACGUAUGACGUACCGGAUAAGAAGGAGGAGGAGGAAAGCUAGAGCGUCUGCGCGCGCUGUGUCGUCAUAAGUAGCACGUGACGUGUAAUUUAAGGUGUUUUUCAAGAAAAUGAUUAAAUACACAAUUGAUAAUAGUAAAUGGUUCUAUACAGGAUGUUCAAAUCUCACAAAGCCCUUUAGAUUUACAUUAUUCAUAUGUGUUUGAAUUUUCUACUUAGUGUGUUUGAUGUUUUAAAUACAUGCAUGGUGAGUCGGAUUGCAUUGUUCUGAGAAUAAGAAUUAGAGACAUAUGUAUCAGCGAAGAUUUGUGUUAAGUUUUAGCUUUUCCUCGUAAAUCUUUACCACACGGAAAUAUUUGUCAUUUAUAAGAAUUAAUGUAUAAAUAUAUUCUAGACUACAAAGAA